GGGCAUUCCGUAACCAGGAGGAGGAAGAAGGAACAACAACUACUAGAGACAAAAAGAGCAGUCCACCCCUCCUCCUUCCUCUCCCCCUCCAGAUUCCUAAUAGAAAACAUAGUCCUGUGGCCCCAGCUGGGCUGGAUAUACAGGCAAGCAUUUGGGGGUCAGCCUCACUUCGGCGCCGCAGCCCCCAGCGGCCAAGGGCGUCAGCCUCCCUGGACGGCAAAGCCAACCCAGGCCAACGUGCCCCUCCGCCCAGCACUGCUACUACCAAGGGGCGAGGGGAUGUCACUGAGGCUUCAAAAGCACCAACAACAACCCAAGUGGUCUACCGCUCUGUCUUGGAAGAGUAUGGUUAUGAAGUAGGCAAGGUGAUUGGUAAUGGCUCUUAUGGCACAGUCUAUGAGGCCUACUACACUAAACAAAAAGUGACUGUUGCUGUCAAGAUCAUCUCCAAAAAGAAAGCCUCUGACGACUAUCUUAACAAGUUCCUGCCCCGUGAGAUCCAGGUGAUGAAAGUCUUGCGGCACAAGUUCCUAAUCAACUUCUACCAGGCCAUCGAGACCACAUCUCGUGUGUAUAUGAUCCUAGAACUGGCUCAGGGGGGUGAUGUUCUUGAGUGGAUCCAACGCUACGGAGCCUGCUCUGAGGCCCUUGCCGGCAAGUGGUUCUCCCAGGUCACCCUGGGCAUCGCUUACCUGCAUAGCAAGGGCAUCGUGCACCGCCCCCGCCUGACCCCCAGGCCUUCUGCUGCUGGUAGGGACCUAAAGUUGGAGAACCUGUUGCUGGAUAAGCGGGAAAAUGUGAAGAUCUCUGACUUCGGCUUUUCCAAGAUGGUGGCGACUGUCUCCCCGACCCUGAAGAACCCUUUACAGCACCUCGUAGGCUGCUUUUCUCACCUCAGCCAGACCUAUUGUGGUAGUUUCGCCUAUGCUUGUCCAGAGAUCUUGCUGGGUUUGCCCUACAACCCCUUCCUCUCUGACACGUGGAGCAUGGGCGUCAUUCUCUACACACUGGUUGUUGCCCAUCUACCCUUCGAUGACACCAACCUAAAAAAGCUGCUUCGAGAGACCCAGAAGGAGGUCAACUUCCCACAUAACCACCCCAUCUCUCCGGACUGCAAGAACCUGAUUCACUCGAUACUUCGCCCGGCUGCCAAGCGGGCCUCCAUCCUGGACAUCAUCAAGGAUCCCUGGGUGCUCAAGUUCCAGCCAGAGAGGCCCACCCAAGAAAUCCAGCUGCUAGAGGCUCUGUGCCUACCACAAACCAACACACGGACUCAGGAGGCUGCAAGUUGAGUAGGACUGGGGAAGGAGGCAGGGAGAGAGGGGAUUAAGGUAGGGUUGGGGGUGGGGAGAGGGAAGGCAGAACCCCCUUCUCUCUCUUUUUUUUUUUAAUAUACAAAAAGUCUCAUUCCCAUUUAGUUGUAUCAGCAGGGGAAAAGAAAUUAUUUCCCCAGGGAAAGCUUGGAAAAAGUCACUUCUAGACUGUUCUAGAGGUUGGCUUCCAUCUGUAGUCUGCAAAGGUAUUUUAAACUUAUAUAUUGGCCCGUGCUUUCUUUGUGCAUACAGGGUGGGAGGAGAUGGAGAAUAAGAAAAGUAUUUUGUUUUGCUUAUCUCCUUCAAA